UCAAUGCCCAACCUAUAAUGGAUACUACUUGAAACUGCAUACACUUCGAGCUUGUUUUAAUGGAGUUAUCGUGAAAGGGGACCCGAUUUUAGCUACGCCUUUGCAAGUAAAAGAUGAGCCGGUGAUUUUGCCCAGUCAUUUUGGCCAGAACCUUCGAGGCUCAUCGUACAUCAAACAGGGACGAUAGUUCGGCAGUCAUUUAGAAAAGUUGCCCAAAGGCAAGCCUAGCGGUUCUUCGUUCACCUGUAAGCCCACCGAGCUUUGCGGUAUUGCCUUCCCGCCAUUUUGAGCCGUAUUUCUCCGAAUCAACGGUGUUGAGAAGUUGGCCUGCGUGCAUCAACAUUCUCACUCGGUGAAAAAUCAACGUUCACCGCCAAAAGAUGGUGUGGGGAUUACUUCCUGUUAAUCCUUCUCUUGGUUUACCUACAUACUAUUUCUUUUCCAAAGGAACAUACAAGAUUGGUCGAAAAGAUUGUGACGUGAUUAUUGAAAAAGAUAGAACAAUUUCACGCAUUCAUGCAGACGUGAUAAUUGAUUGGGACCCUUUGCAGAUAAAGCUACAUGGCCACUCAAAAGUCUUGUUGACAGAUCAUUCAAAAUUUGGCACGUUUAUAAACAAUGAGAGUGGGUCCAAGCCAAUCUUUUCGUUGCCAAACAAGCAAGUAAACUUAAAAGAUGGAGACCGAGUAUCCUUUGGAACUGGCAAUGCAGCAUUCAGAUUUUGCUUCAUCCCAUUCUUGAUGUUUAUUCAUCAAACAGAUUCCUCAAAAGCAUCCUCUUCUGUUCAAGAUCUUGUAUUGUUCAUAGGUGGAUGUGUCCUUAAUAAAUGGAGCCCAGAGUGCACACAUGUAGUUGUUGAUGCACUAACACCUGUAACAGAAGAUAUUAUUGAGGCUGUGAUGGAGCAGAAGCCUGUUGUUCUUGGUGACUGGGUCAAGGCUAUCGCAGAGAGAAAAGUUUCAACAGAAAUUCCACAUUGCUCAUUCUAUACUCCAACCUUAACCUUGAGUGAAGGAGAGUUCUCAGUGCAAGUCAAAAUUGUGGAACCAGACAUCAGAAGAGGCUGUUUAGCGGGGCACACUUUUAUGUUGGGCUCCCCAAACAUGUAUAAAUUUGGUAACAAAUUCAAGUGGUUGCUAGAAGCUUGUGGUGCCAAGGUUUCAUCAAUCAAUUCAUCUGAUACUGCUCUUGCACAUGGGACAGAUAACGUUGUUCUUGUUAGCCCUGUCAGAUGUGCUGAUGCAUUUAAUCAAUGUCGUUCCAUAAGCCAACUUCCUAGAAUCAAUGAUAUUAAUUUGAUUGGUGCAGUUUUAUCUGGACAUUUGAAUGACGACCUUGUGGAAUUGCCUCCUGUUGCUGAUUCACAAUCACAUACCACUGAUGAGACCAUUGUGGCGGAUUCUGAUGUUGAAGUGGAUAGUGUCACAUCUCAAGGAAAUGCUGCUGUAGCUCAAAGAGAAGUCCUGGUGUAUGAGAACAAAGUAAAUCCAUUGAGUGAUGUCAUAUCCCAGAGAAAAAGUCUGUCGCAUUUUGGAGAGGAUGGUUGUAUGAUGGAGAGGAAAAGUAUAGAUAUGUACACCGAUCUAUCAAAAUAUCAGACUUCAGAAGUCAUAUAUAGUCAAGAUCUGAUCGUGAAAAAUGAUUGCAGGCCAGAGUCAGGCCAUUCAGUGAAUGAAAAUGUGGUCAAUUUUAAAUGUUUUAGGAAGAGGGAAUAUGCAUCUGGUAACAGCUUCAAGGAUCUCAUUCCAUUCUCAAAGGAUCCAUACAUUGAAACAGAAGGCCAAUCAGAAAGAGAGAAGUUUGUUAGAGAAGAGAAGAAAAGGAAGCAAGCUGAAUCCAUUGCAGAGGACUUGUUCAAUAGUGAAAGGGUCAAGCGACAAAAAGGAACUGUUACUUCUUCACUACGCAACCUUAUUCUUCGUCACUGAGCAAAGACGACUGCCUCUUUAAACAAGGGCAUUAUGAGCUUAGGUAUUGAGAACAGACUGGCGAACUCGAUUAGAAAGCUGGAUUCAAGUGGAAGGUUGACAAAAAGGUUGGUCUCGUAAGCUUGAUGAAGGCGCACUUGGAACGAGAGGAACACGAAACUGAUUGGAAAGGAUUCAUAGUCCACCUUUUGGCAAGUUGAUGAGAUGCAACCAAUAAAUGUGCAUUGCAUCAAGGAAGAUGGACGACAGAAGCCCUUGCUUGGCUUCUUACUGGACCAUAUAUAAGAAGCUUCUACGCUGUGGUGGGGACAAAAUGAGGCUUUCGAUCCUUGCAUUUUUUGUCAUCAUAGAACAAUUUGGCAUGCAUGUGCACGUGCAUGUGUAUGGUGUAUAUGUGUAUGUGUGUGUGUGUGUGAGAGAGAGAGAGGCCCUUGAACAGAUGCGGUUGUACGUUGACAUGGAGAUAACUGGUGUUGUCAUUGCAAAAUCAAUUCCCUUGAUAUAUGUAAA